GCAAAUGGGGACGUUUGAUACCUUCCGGAAAGCCUAUGGAGCUCUCAAGGAUUCCACCAAGGUUGGCCUUGCCAAGGUCAACAGCGAAUUCAAGGAUUUGGACAUUGCCGUCGUAAAGGCCACCAAUCACGUCGAGUGCCCUCCUAAGGAGCGUCACGUUAGAAAAAUUUUUUCAGCAACAUCAGUGGUACGUCCAAGGGCCGAUGUGGCCUACUGCAUACAAGCACUUUCAAAGAGAUUAUCCAAGACCAGAAAUUGGAUUGUUGCUAUAAAGACAUUGAUAGUCAUUCACAGGACAUUGAGAGAGGGCGAUCCUACAUUUAGAGAGGAGCUUCUAAAUUACUCAUACAGAGGACACAUCCUCCAAAUAUCCAACUUCAAAGAUGAUUCAAGCCCUCUUGCUUGGGAUUGUUCUGCAUGGGUUCGGACUUAUGCACUCUUUCUAGAGGAACGACUUGAGUGUUUUAGAGUGUUGAAAUAUGAUAUUGAGUCAGAGCGUUUGACAAAGUCAUCGCCAGCAGCAAGCAAGGUACAUAGUAGAACAAGGAUGUUGGCUUGUGAAGAGCUGUUGGAGCAGCUACCUGCAUUGCAGCAGCUGCUAUAUCGCCUUAUUGGUUGCCAGCCUGAAGGAGCAGCUUAUAGCAAUUAUCUCAUACAGUACGCCUUGGCCCUGGUGUUGAAAGAGAGCUUUAAGGUAUACUGCGCAGUCAAUGAUGGGAUUAUAAAUCUCGUGGACAUGUUCUUUGAUAUGUCAAGACAUGAUGCUGUUAAAGCUCUCAAUAUUUACAAAAGAGCUGGCCAACAGGCAGAAAAUCUUGCUGAUUUAUAUGAUUAUUGCAAGGGUUUGGAUCUUGCUAGGAACUUUCAGUUUCCUACAUUGAGACAGCCACCUCCUUCAUUCCUUGCAACAAUGGAAGAGUAUAUAAAAGAAGCACCUCAGACAGGUUCUGUAAAUAAAAGACUGGAGUAUCAAGAGACAGAGAGGUUGACAAUAAAAGCUGAUGAACCUGAAGAACCUCCUGAAACUGAAAAACAAGAGGAAAAAUCUGAGGAAAAACCGCUUACGGAGGAACCUAAGGAAGAGGAGGUGGAACCUCCACCAUUGAUAUCAACUGAAGAUACUAGGGAUCUACUGGGGCUAAAUGAAAUUAAUCCAAGAGCUGCAGAACUGGAGGAAGGCAAUGCUUUGGCUCUUGCCAUAGUUCCACCUGGAAAUGAUUCUUCAUUUAAUAGUAGUCUGAGAGAUAUCGGUGGGACUUCAGGAUGGGAGCUAUCUCUCGUUACAACACCAAGCAACAACCCUAGCCAGUUGGUGGAAAGCAAAUUGGCUGGCGGGUUUGACAAGCUAUUACUCGAUAGCUUGUAUGAAGAUGAAGCUGCCAGAAGACAGAUACAACUUCAGGAUGCAGGGUAUGGAUAUGGCGGGACGACUGUGCAAAAUCCAUUCGAUCAACGACAGGAUCCAUUUAUAAUGUCCACCAACAUAGCACCACCAACCAAUGUGCAGAUGGACAUGAUGGCUAAGCAACAGCAGCAAAACCAACAGCAGCAAAUGAUGUUUCAACAACAGCAACUCAACACCAUGGUGGUACCUUUCCAGUAUCAAUCCCAAUAUUCUCCACAAUCUCAAUUUCCUCAACAACAGAUACAACAUAUGAGUUCUUCUAAUCCCUUUGGAGAUCCAUUCCUUAGCCACCCACAAAGUUCAAUGCCACAACAGGGAAAUCCCAACCUGAUUUAG